CACCACACCGCCAGCUUCCCCCAAGUUGUCUGCACCGGCCUCUCCCAAGAUGCCCCCUGCAAAGGAGACCAAACCACCUGCUGUUCAGAAAGCAGAGGAGAAGAAAGCAGAGCAACCCCAGCAGGCCAAGGUCCCCCCAUCAGUACAGGCCAACGUGGACAAACCCCCAUCAGAGCCUCGAAAGGGAGCAGCAUCUUCCCAACCAUCUCCCAAAGCAGGCCAGUCCACCUGUCCACUAUGUAAGGUGGAACUCAACAAGGGCUCCAAGGACCCUCCCAACUACAACACCUGCACCGAAUGCAAGAACACUGUCUGCAACCUCUGUGGAUUCAACCCCAGGCCACAUGAAACAGAGGUGAAGGAAUGGCUGUGUCUGAACUGCCAGAUGCAGAGAGCUCUUGGGGGAAUGGAACCCCCAGGACCGCCGAUGAUUAAAUCCCAACCCUUGCCAAGCAAAGUCUCCACACCUGCUGCAUCUCAAAAGCUGACCCCAGCACCAGCUAAACCCCAAAAGGAGGAGAUUCCAGUACCUGCGGCUGCACAAAAAGAGAUUCCUCCACCCACUGUACCUCAGGAGACAUUAAUAUCGGCAGGAACCCCAUCAACAGCUGCAGUCAAAAAGGAGGAGACCCCAGCACCAGGAUCCCCACAAAACAAACAUGCUCCACCUGCUGUGGCUGCAAAGGACAAACAGGAACCUAUAAUUGUUCAGAAACCAGUGGGCCAAACAACUCCAGUGACACCCAUACCCAGUGGUGCUGCUACACCUGCACAGCAGCCAGAAAAGCAAACUCCUCCACUGCAACAGCCUGAUGCAAAGCCCCCACCACAACUACAGCCCCAGCAAGUUCCAAAGAUAGACCCCAAAACUGAUMCCCUAAAGCAGAAACCUCAACAACAGCUUCCAAUAGGUGGGACUUCUCCUGCCAAAGCUGUAUCACAACCACAGGCCAAGCCCCCAAAGCAGUCAGGAGGCUUCUUUGGCUUUGGUGGUCCUAAGUCUCAGCCUGCUGCCUCAAAGCCUGAAGAGUCAGUGUCUGGGAAGAUGUUUGGCUUUGGAUCCUCCAUCUUCAGCUCUGCAUCCACUUUGAUCACCUCAGCUGUUCAGGAUGAGCCCCACACCACACCGCCAGCUUCCCCCAAGUUGUCUGCACCGGCCUCUCCCAAGAUGCCCCCUGCAAAGGAGACCAAACCACCUGCUGCUCAGAGAGCAGAGGAAACAAAAGCAGAGCAACCCCAGCAGGCCAAGGUCCCCCCAUCAAUACAGGCUAACGUGGACAAACCCCCAUCAGAGCCUCCAAAGGGAGCAGCAUCUUCCCAACCAUCUCCCAAAGCAGGCCAGUCCACCUGUCCACUCUGCAAGGUGGAACUCAACAAGGGCUCCAAGGACCCUCCCAACUACAACACCUGCACCGAAUGCAAGAACACUGUCUGCAACCUCUGUGGAUUUAACCCCAUGCCACAUGAAACAGAGGUAAGACUGUGA